AUGAGCGAGCAGCACAGCGGACAGUACCAGGGGGAACCCCACGCAGGGGUGUAUCGCAUGGCCAAAGGGAAUGUCGCCGAAGCGAGGCACUCCAAAAUGAACAACAAGAGGAAAAACUACAACCCGAAUAAUAAUGCCGAUGGGGCAGGCCCUCGGCAUGAUAAUCCCCCAAUGGAGGGUCAUCCGUCCAUCGGUUACGAGAGUAAAAAAAUGAGGACACUUCCAUACGGUGUGUCCGACAGGACAGCGAACAGUGGCGGCAACAGGGGGGCCUUAUAUGGCGGAGAGAGCUCUGGUGUUAAGCACUUAACGGAAGAGACAUACCCGCCCAACUACACCCUCUACUCGAGUCAGGCAAAUAUCAUGACACACCCUAAUCGAAAUGCCCCCAUGAAAAAUAACUCAGUUAACAAAUGGCCCAAUGCCAACCCAAGUAGUGACUUGGGUCCUCAUAAAAUGUAUGUUAACAAUGAAAAAAAAAAGGACAACUAUAAGAGUAAAAAUUUUAUGAAUAAUCAAAACUUAAAUUUGUACAAGUACUCCAACAGUUGGAAGAACGUCAGGAGGAUGGGGGGUGGUGGACAAAAUGUGUCUUCUCGAGAAAAGGGAAAUCAACAAAAAAUGAAAAGUGGCGACGAGGCGGGGGGUGCCUUUGGGUAUGGCAGUGGCGAGCAGGUCGGUUCGGUAAGCGGCCUGAGUAGCGGCCUGAUUAGCGGUCCGAUUGGCGACCCGAUCAGCAAUCCGAUUGGUAACCCCAAUGACAACCCCCAUGUAAACAUCCCUAGCUGUAGUGCCGUCCCGAUGAUGGGGACAACCCGCGGCAACAACCUGAGUUACAAAAGAAUGAACAGCUUGUCAUUUUCCAGACGAACCAACUUUCAAAAGGUAGUACCGGCACAAAAAUAUACCAAUAAAGUUUACCCUAAUAAGGCUCUGUCUAACUUGAGUGACAGAGGUAACAAGGAGGAAGUGGAUAAUAACGUAAAUGUUAAAGGGGCAGGGAAACAAAAUUUUGUGUUAGGAAAAAAUCGAAUGAUCUUUCAGAACAAGAAGUGGUUUGAUAGCAACAACACGAAUGAUAAAGGUACCGCUGCGGGGUUGGGUGUCCACAAGGGAGAGUCGUCCUCCAGUGGUAGGGUGGACGAUGAUGUGGUGGGAGGUUCCCCAGAGCAGUGGGACAACAACGUCAAUGGGGGCAAUAAGGACAAUGGGGGCAACGAGGGAACUGCCCUCCCCCAGGAGAAUGCACACAUUUUAGAAACGCUCUCGAAGUAUCUGAAUUCGGUAGGCAACAAAGGGACGGCGGACCACAACUCAAUAUACAAAGCGUUGACGCAAAAUAAAAGUAAAGAGUCCUUGAUGAACUUACUCGAUAAUAUAAAGCUUUUGGAGGAGGAGGCGUCCAAAGGGAUGCCGCCACCGGGAGGGACAGCCACUGGACAAAGUUUAGUUGGCGGUCUGUACAAGGCGGAGAGCAGGAUGAUGGAUGAAAGUAAGAACAGAGUGAAAUUUAUAAGUAGCUCGUUUAAUGAGUUAUCAUCGAGCAUGUUAUCGAAUGUGGUGAGGGGUGAAAUGAGUGCCAGUGGGGAGAGUGUGUCUUCUGUGUUGAGCAAUGCUAGAGGUAUUCACGACGUGGGUGCUCACAAUAAAGUUAGCCACCCACGCUAUGACAAUAUUGGAGGUCACAAAAUGGACACAUCAAAUUUUUCCUGCGCAGAGCCGUUGCAAAUGGAUCUCCAGAACGACUUUGCUCCUCGGGGGGAGUCCAGUCUGAGUAAGGUGGGUAAGGCAGCCCCGGGGUUGUACGGAAUUGGGGACAGGGGGAGACACGCGAUAGACGCAGCAGAUGUAGCAGAAGGGGCAGAAGCGGCAGACGCAGAGAAGGCCGAUGGCUGCGCUUCCUCCGUGGCUAUCUUCAGGCAACUUGGGAAGGACCACACAACGUGGGACAAGUGGAAGCAUGCAGUGGCCAAGUGCAACCAUCAGAAGACACAGACCACAUUCGACAAAGUAGAAGAGAGCAUGAACAGUAAUAUAAAAAUAACGGAAAUUUUUAAAUCCAGUCUAUUCUGUAGUGAAAGCAAACACAUAUACAAAAACGCGCUGUAUAUAAAUUACAAAGAAAUAUGGAUGCACAGUGGAAAAUUUCUUCAGUUGGAGAAUAUCUUCCACUUUGGAAAAGCCAAGGAGAAGAAGAAAGAAACGAACAUUAUCGAAUAUGCGAUGAACUGUUCAAUUCCGUUUAGCAGUUUUUUAUUUUUUUUUAAUAAUUUUUACGAAAUCACAGAAUAUUAUCAAUACAAAAUUUGCUUUUUCCUUAUUUACAAAAUUAUUAUUAUGCAUGAGGAUGAUGAAGAGUAUGGACGGUACUACAAUUUGGUCAUUAAGAUCCUUAAUGAGAAUACUUUAAUUUUUUUUCUCCUUGUGUUGAUUAACCUGAUGGAAAAGUACUCCCUCAAGAUGGUUUAUUUUGUGAAUUUCAUUGAGAGGUUACUUCCUGUGGUAACGAAGGGACCCCGUGUGUCUGCAGGAGCCAGCGGCAUGGCAGCAUCUUCCCCAAGCACUAACCCUAAUGGGACAGACAAAAGGAUUUUCUUCAACAUGCUUUUUUUUAAAUUAUUCAGGUUAAUAUUUUAUCGAAUCGAAUUAUUUUCCACACAGAAGAAGCACCUACUGAUGCUAUUUUUAAGGUACAUAAAGAACUUCUUACUGAACAUUUGCUCCUCUAUUUUGAUCACACAGUACCUUUUUAUAAAAUGUGUAGAUCUCAUGAACAAGUACAACAACCAGCAGUACAUUUUGAUCAAAACGACUUCCAUGGAAAUAUUUUUGCAACUGUGGAACAAUGAUUUAUUAAAACUCUACAUUUUGAAGAUUGGAAAUGCCCUGGUUCGCUUCCUCAUUUUUAUGAGCAAUGUAGAGUAUGUGAAUAAAAAUAUUUUCCCUUUCAUUUUGACCCCCAUUGAGAAUGGUAAUCAGGUGGAGAUGAGGGAUGCCAUUGAGGGGAUGUUAUACAGGAGUAGAUAUUACACACAGGGGAGGAAGAGGUGGAAGCAUUAUUAUAAAAAGUUUGAAAGGACAAAUAAGUGUUCCCUUUUGGUUAGGAGUUAUGGUGUUGAUGAUAUUCAAGAGGUUGUUCUGUUGCCCUCCCACCAGAAGGACGAGCAGCAGGAGCAAGAUCAGAAGGAAGAGGAACAAAACUCCGUAGUGGAGGUUCCUCCUGGGGGUACCCUUCGCACUGAUCAAUAUGGAAACGUACGGACGGAUCUCCGACACGAUACGCUCCUCGAGCACAUCAUGCAAGUACGUAAAAGUUACAACUACUACAAAAUUUUGCUCCCCCCUGAUGAGAAGAGCUGCCUGAAAUUCAUCCUUCAACUCAAAAACCGAAACAACAACUUCCACUUUGACCUCUUCUACAAUUUAUUUAUCGAGUCUAAUUUGGCCAAUUUGAUUCACGAAAAUAAGGUGAUAUAUUAUGUGGAGUUUAUAAUGAGUAGGGGCACCAAUGUGAAGGGGGAUGAACAGGGGGAAGAGAAUUUCAUGAAAGGAUGUAUGAGCGUACGUGGCCUGCACGGUUUAGUAUGCGCAGGGGAGGAAGGGGAUGUCCCCAUUUCAAGCAGCAUUUAUUCCCAUGUGGACGAUGUUUUUCAUUCAGUUUUGCGUCCCGACCAGCAGAGUGGUUGCGUUAAAGAGGAUGACGAGGACAAGGAGGAAGAGGACCAACCAGCUCGCCUCAAGGAACAACUCUUAUUCGACCUGCAUGCGAUAAUUCAACGAAGAAACUGCGUAAUGUCCAAAAUAUACGGCGCGCACAUUAGGCUGAGUUUUUUUUUUUGCGUCUUCUUCUACAAGAGUUACGACAUUUAUAGGAUCCUCUCUAGCGCACUUGGAACACAUGCCAGGAAGUUUAAAAAUUUUAAAAAGGAGAAUCAGAAGGCGAUUAAAUUUAUGAACAUUAAUAACAUUACGCACAUUUUGACGGUCACCUUUUUGCUCAAGUUUUUGGCCCACUUGGGGAGGUCAUCACCUCAGGGAGGAGCUCUCCAUUUGGCCGCUACACACGGGAGAGAUGUGCCCCGUUUGACACCAGAAGAGGAAGACUUCCUCUCAUGCUACCGCCUCCUGGAGCACGGCCUUGGCAAAGACAUCAGCACGGCCAGUACGUUCCUGAACUACCUGAACAACGUCAUCCUUUAUCUGCACGAAAGGAAAAGAGAGAACUUGGUGUUGAGCAUGAUCAUAACACUUACUAUAUACAACUUCUUAACUCUAAUUGGGAAGAAGCAGAAUAGAAUUGAACAUUUGGAGACCCUCAGCUUAAGUGAAAUUUGUAAUGAAAUACAUAAUAACUGCCUCAUAGGGUUGCUAUUGAAAGAAAAUAAUUAUUUCAUUGACAGCGAGACCAAGUUCACAGAGGUGGAGGACAUCUACUCCGUCGAGCUGAAUAACCACAUGAAGUUUAUCCCGACAGACAUUAACAAGGAGAUCUUCCAGCUGGUCCAUUUUAAGAAAUACGUUUUCCAGAAGGGGGCAUACAAAAAAAUUGACAUUAUAAAAAUAGGCAGGAGAAAUCCUGUGAACAAUUUAUACACCUCGGAGAUCCUGAACUACAUUUACUAUAACACGCUGUAUCUGCUUAUCCAUUUUGUUAUGAACAUUCGUUUUUAUGAAGCAAUCUUUAGGAGGACGUACAAGGUGAGCGGUGGUAUGAUUAACCAGGUUGACGGUGAGGGUGUGUGCAGCUUUGUGCGAACUGGGGGAACGUUCAGGUGGGAAGGGGAGGUGGAGGAAGCCCAACCAAAUGGGCAACACCCUUCCCUCACCAUAAUCCUGAAAAAGCAAAAUGGGGAUACUUACUGGAGGAAAAAAAGGUACAUUGUAAAAUUUUACAGAAAGGCCAAAAAAAGAAUUGUCAAAAAUUUGAAGACCUACUUGGUUUCCAGCAAUGUGAAUAAAUUUAUGCGCAGCUUGGAGGAGGACAAGUUUUUCUUGAACCUUUUUUUUGAGUUUGAUAAUUCCCCCCUGUUUCUUCACUCGAUUUUGCUCCAGGGUGGUGAGCAUACUGAUGGAGGAGCAAAUGAGGCAAAUUCAAAUACAAUUCCUAGUGUAAAUACUGAUGCGAAUGAGAGUGGCCGUUUGAAGGCGAUGGGAAUGCCGGGGUCUCUGCUUUGCCGCCAUGUAAACAUCCUUAAGGGGGUACACAAUUUUUGCCUUUUCGUUGAGGAUAUAAACAAGCUCAUUAGCUUUGUCACCCAUCGAGGCAAGGGCAGGUGCGACAUGGUGAAAUGCACUUUUGCGAAUUUCCCCCUUGUGCCCGUUGAAGACAAUUUCAGCGUUCAGUUUCGCUUCUACACCAUUGUGUGGAGCGCUUGGGUUGAGCGUGACAGCGAGGACUCCCCAGUUGGAGUGUCCACGGGUGAACUGUGCGCCCCCUUCACCUAUGGCGAACAAAAUGAGUGUGCUUUUCAUUUCAACGAAUUGAUAGAUCGCGUGGUGAGUACAAUUGUGGACGCGAAUUACGCGAAGGAGAAAAUCGUGUGGUGGUCUGAAUUUUUUUACAGCCUGGGGAACUUUGGCGUGGUGAACUUCCAUUUACUUUUUUACUUGUGCUCCCUGGUGAGGGGCUUGGUCUGGGGGGGCGCAGAGGUGGGGCACUACACACACCUCGAUGUGAACAGAAGGGACCACUUCCCCGCCCGCUUCUCGCAUGCCCUGCGAAGGAAGAUCCAAAUUUGCGAACAGAUAUAUGUGCUGUACCUAUUCAGGAUAGGCCUCCUCCUGAACGUGAGUCUUUACGAAGCCUUCGAUUUGCUAACUUCCUUAAUCAGUGCUGUUUUUAACUUUGAUUUUUUCCAAUUUUACUUGAAGAAAAAGAAGUAUCAUGUAGAGCAGGGCACUCGGGAGGAAGUCCAAUCAUUUGUUAACAGUGUGAAAGAAGAAGCGAAGAAUAUUCUGACCAACUACGAUGUUAAUGUUUUUGUAGAAAGCAUUAUCCAUAUUAGCGAUUGUGUGUUUUUUUUGAAAAGCGUAAAAAUUUUAAUUCUUAAGAGCUACUGUUUUGUUAAUGUUCUGUUGCACGUGCUGUCCUUGAGGAAAGUUAUUAUUGAUAUGAGCAACGUGGAAUGUGUUGACCUUCUCGAAGGGGAAACGGACAUUGGGGAGGAUACAUUUCCAAGUGCUUCGAACAGUGAGGAACGCGAGAAGGAUUCUCUUCCUGAUUGGAGGAACUACGACUCGGCGGAAGAAUCGGAGAAGUUUAGCUCGUCGGACAGUAGUGAAGGUCAUAAGGUGGAGGACAAUUUGGAGGGUUAUGGAAGCUUCUGCAGGGGAAGGCAUCUGGAAAAGUCUGCCGAUGAGGCGCUUAACAACCGGAUGAAAAAUCCCAAAGGGGACCACGGAAAGAACGGGGGAGGAAGAAAUGGAGAGAAGAAGAAAAUAUGGAUUUUACACAUCUUCAAAUAUUUUGAUUGCCACUCAUUUCUGUGCUUUGGAAAGGACAAAACGGAAGAGGAGCAUUUUUACGAAAAAAAAAAAAAUUUCAGAAAUUUCUUUUUCCCCUCAAAUUUUAAAAAAUGGAAAAAAAAAAAAAAAAGUGAUCAAGAUUUGUGCAAAUUAGUGUAUACGUUAAAGAAGCGGUUAAUCCAAAACGGAAAUUUUUUAAGCAUGUAUAAGCAGGCCUUCUACGUAAAAUGGACCUGUCUUCGUAUUUUUAUUUUGCAAAAGUACCGGUUAAAAAUGUUUAACAGCGUUGAGGCCUUUCAGUACAUAUACGAAAGAAUGAACUCCGUGGCGAGAACAGAAAAUUUGUUUUUUAAAAUUCCAGCGGAUAUGAAUUGGGGUGCGUCCUUCGAAGGCUGCGCAGACAUUAGGCACCCCUUCCUCAUCUGUCUUUGCCACAUCAGCCGCCAGGUGGGGGCUCUGUUGAGGCACCACCGUAAGAUGAGCGAUCAGCUUGAUGAGACAGAGCAGCCUGCCAUUCGUGACUCCCCAGAAGCAUUACCCAACGAAGAAGAAGCUAAGCGACAACAUCAAGGGGAAGCACUAUAUAACGAGGUUAACAUUUAUUUAAACAAUUUCAUUUUUUCCUUUUAUCCAUAUCUUAUCAAGUGCCGUUUUUCCUAUGACGUAUUUUUGAGGCUCCUCAGAAUUUACCUGAACAUGUAUUUGAUAAUGAAAGAGAGAAAUGCCCGUUCUGUGCGCUCUCCCAUUUAUCUCCUUCUGAUGAUUUUUGUGCACCACACACAUGUGUGCAAAUACUUGAUGUUUUCCUACUUGACGAGGGUUAAGGAGUAUUUGCGUUCUCCUGAACAAUCGGAGGAGGAUUUACACGAAAACUCGCUGCCGCGUGAGGCGUUGCAGGUUUACUUCAGAGAAAGUGUGGAAUUUUUUCUGCAGAAUUGCACCCAGGAACACCUCCAAUUUGACUACGUAGAAAUCAGCUGCGACGGAAACGCGCUUUCGCUGUUUUAUCACAUGUUAGUUGGGAACUUUGCGUAG